GUUCUGCCACUAAACGAAUCGCUAUGGCUCUAACCCGUGGGGUUUUACUUGCUCUAGUUUUGCAGCUUCUCUUUCUCCAAUCCACAGUAAUUUCUGCUAAUGUGGAUUGUUUACCGAGCGACAACAACUUUUGCCGAUGCUCUACCAGUAACAUUACACUGGAUAUCGCCGACAUGGGUCUCUCCUUCCCGGCACUCACCUUUCAAGAUAAUGGAAAGUACAACAUCACCUAUACUCCAUGUUAUGUUCAACUAUGUGGGAAUGACACUAGCAGUGCACUUUGUCAGUUAGAUACGGAAAUUAUGGCAUACUACUCCCUUGGGACUUAUACUAACUUCCAAUGGACCAUUACUGACUUCAAUCCCCUGGAGUUUAUGAUCCAAUAUGAUGGCGGUACCGAAGCCUCUGCUGCCAGAAGGCACACUAAU